GAAGCACACCGCAGUAGUUCCGCGAGGGGAAGAGAGAGAUCUCUCCGUGUGCCGAAGGAUGGCGUCGCGAUGAUUCGAUCCAAGUCUAGGGUUUGGGAAGAGUUCUUCUGAUCGUUUUUCCUUCUCCCAGUGGACUAGAAGUGUUGUCGGGAAGUGAAAGAAGGAAUAUUGAAGGGCUUUGGCCGGUGUUGACGUCUUCCGAGCAGCGGAUUGGAAUAGUUCUUGUUUGCAGAUGUCUCUGUAUGUGGGUCAUCUCUCUCCUUAUGUUCGACGAGAAGAACUUGAACGGGUUUUUCAGAGUUUUGGACAGUGUAGUGUACAACUGAAAGAUGGAUAUGGAUUUGCAGUCUAUAAAUAUCCAGCAAAUGCAGAGAGAGCUUUGCGAGUGCUGCAAGGCAAGAACAUUUGUGGGGAGCAGAUAUCUCUUAAUUGGUCAAACAGACAGCAUAGGCCUCUUCAAAGACAUGCAAGAAGCACCAGAUUUUAUGAACCUUAUUGUGGAAGGAACUUCAGGGAAGACAAUGAUAGUAUUGGGAUCAGGGGUUCUCAAGGUCGAAGGGAUUUUUCUACUGGUGCAGCUCGUGUCCCAGAUAAUCAUGGACGGCAUCAAUUGGAUAUGACGCCCAAUAACAGGGCCAGCAGCAUGCACGAGGAUAUUAAUGAUAUCAGAGGGGAUGAAGGUGUGAAUUCGAAUGAGAGAGUCAUGGAUGAAGGUGGUACAAUUGAUCUCAAUCCCUUGGAGAACGAUCGAUGGGGUGAACCUAUUAAUGAUACAUUGACCAGUAAUGGAGUUGAGAAUGGAGAUGAGUUUGACCGCCAUGAACCUUAUCAUGGUUACAAUAGAAGCAAUAGGAAUGGAAAUGUUCAGAUAGCUAGCUCUUAUGGCUCUCCACAUCGACGAAGUUCUGAGGAGAAAAGAUGGAUAGAGCAAUCUGUUGGCGAUGAUACCGAUAGGAACUGUGAUAAAUCAAAAACUCAGCAGACCUGCUAUAACUGUGGACUGAUUGGUCACAUAAUGCGUAACUGCCCUCAAGGGGAUGCUCGACGAGAGAAGUUUGGCAAGUUUAAUGACAAGAGAGAUGAAAUAAAUUUCCGAGAUGGAGGGGAGGUAAGGCCGAAGUGGUUCAGACCCAAUUCAUGGGGAAGGUCAGAUGCUAGUAGAGAUCCUUGGAUAUCGAGGCACCAUAUGCGGGUAAGAAAGGAACCUCAUCCCGAUAAAGCUAGAAGAGCAUCCAGGGCAGGUGACAUCUCUCUAGAGCUUAGGGAAAAACGUCGUUCCAAUCUCAGAGGUGAUUCUCAGGCAAAGAAAAGGAACAAGCUGGAACAUGAAGCCCCCAAAAAUGUUGUGAAAAGAAGCAGAAGAAGACGAAGGAGAUCUCGUACCUCAUCACUUUCUUCUGAUUCUUCUACAACUAGUUCACAAUCACAUUCAUGGUCCCGAAGAUUCAUAUCCAAUACUUGCUCUUCUUCACACUCAAGGUCUGCAUCUUCUCGGUCUCAAUCAGCAUCUUCUAGUUCAAGAUCUACUUCUUUGUCAUCCUAUUCUAAAUCUGUAAGUUCUAGAUCCAGAUCAAGGUCAAGGUCAAGGUCAAGCUUUCCUAGAUCAUUGUCUUUGUCUGUCUCAUUGGAACGGAAAUCUAUGCUUUCCCCAAAGAACAACCAAAUGGAUGUUCGCAUGAAUGCCUUUCUGGAGGGCAAUGUGAAGACUGUGAUGAGCCCUGAGUCCAAGCAUUUGGAGAAUGCUAAAACAAAAGUUACAUGCUCAACAGUUGAUAAUGAAAAUGCAAUCACUCCAUGCAAGGAAGAUAAUGAGACUAAUGGCGACCAUAUUGGACAUAACCGUGAUAAUGUGUUAUAUUCUACAUUUGUAGCUGAUUACAAUGAAACCAAUACAUGCACAGAUCUGCAUAAAUAUGAGAAUCAUGGACAGAACAAUGACUCACAAGAAGCUUCAUUUGUAAAGCUGAAUAGGAAUAUUCCUCUUGAAUGUGAGGCAAGCAAGUCUACAAGAAUACCAACACAGGAAAUGUUCUUGGUCCUGCGACAUUAUGGACUGGCAGCACCAGAAGAGGGUUGUCCUCAUAUUUCAAUAGAGGAAUACUUUGGUGCUGCUCGUUUGUGGCCAUGGGAAAUGAUCUACUAUCGUCGUUCGAAGAAGGGUCCCAUUUCUACUGAGAACUAUGUGAGGCGACUUGAGCAAAACAGGGAAUUUGGCAUUGUGGAUAAGUACAUCAGAAGCAGUAGCGGUUGGGGAGAAAGUCAAGAUGAUACAUGACAAUGUUCCUGAUGCUGUCUUGUUCAUUUUUAAGAUGCACGCUGAUUGGCAUUUUUGAUGAUGGCAACUAUUUCAUGCUAAUUUUCUUCUACAAUUUGCUGUCUUCUCCCAUGAUCAGACUGCAACCUGUUGCGAUUGCAAUGGGAAGCAGAAUUGUGGAUGAGAGGAAUUAGACAAGAUUCAGCCCCACCAGUAUCUUGCUCCAAUUCCUGAGGGUGGUUCAUGGAAACAGUGCUAUACAUCAGGGGCAGCAGCUCUUAUCCGAUAUCUUGACCCACCAUUUGGCAUCCAAUUAUAAUCAUAGUGGUUGUGAGCUAAACAACUUGCCUACGUAUUUGUGUUGUUUGUUAUUAUUUAUACUUCCCCCUGCUACGUAUGCAAAAGAAAUGGCAAAGCCUCCAUACUGAUGGGUCAGCUACCAGAAUUGAAAAUAACUGGAUGAUGCAAUUUUCCAGUUUGGGCCCUCAAAUUUAUGUGGUAAAAAUCAGCUACUAGAUUGGAGUACUGCAAGAGCGGGCAUUUGCACAAAAGCCAUAUGUGUGAAGAUGUUAGAAAAUGAUCUUCAAACAUUGCUGGAAAGUAGAUGUCACAUGCGAUGAUUUGGCUUUUGUAAGCCUCUUUUUUUAUUUUUUUAUUUAAAGCGGGUGCUCGCACCACUAUAGUACGAGUACAUCUCAUAAAAUCAGAAAAUAAAAUAUUCUGCGGGGCUCGCGGAUAUGUCUAACCCUCUCGUCAGAUCUAAUCAUCAGUGUGUUCAGCCAUGUAAGAAGCGAUCCCAUCAGCAGUGUGGUUCGCUUCUUGAAAGACAUGUUGAACAAACACCGUGGUAGAGUCACGAAGGAAAGUCCAAAUGUCAUGAAGCCAGAUACCAUCAUACAGUUCCUAAGAAGAAGAGCUUCUCAAGAUGCACACAGCACUCGUCACUCACCAGUGCACCUUCGUCUGUCUGUACGUCAAUUGAUGCUGAUAUUAGAUGCAAACUCAAGCUCAUGUUAUCAAUUUCUUCAUGCGGCACAAAAAUUUCUGUGAAAUGAAUGGUCCAGCUCAGUCCCUUCAAAGGAAGUGGUUGGUGUUUCAUUUGUCUCUACUCUUGCUUGAAAGGAGGGAGGGGGAGAGGGAUUUAGAGUCCACAUCCCUUGGUCUAACAACUCUCAAACUCAUGUCUUUGUUGCUUGAUAAGUUUGUUUUCUAUUUUAAUACAAUAUAUCAAUCUGUUUUUUU